AUGGCGGAAAAAGAACUCAAAUGGUACGGCAUCCUAGCGAUUCUUUUUGGAACCGUUAUUAGCUUUGCCGACCCCAUCACCGAUAUUCUUACACUGGUGGAAUUCUACCGCGCAAAUCACAAGACGUGGUUCGGUGUAGGGCUCUGUUUCAUUACUUUGCCAUCAUUUUCUUUUUCAGUCAUGAAUUUCUUCUUCGCGAACGACGAAAUCUGGUGUGGCUGUUGGACUGUAUGCAUAUUUGGUUUCCAUCCAUUUUUUCCCGCUUUUGUGAAACUGAGAACACUUUUUGUUUACCUGAAGAACCUAUGGCGAGGAAAUAAAAUCGAACCGAUUGACAUGAACGAAAAUCCAAUAACUGUGGAUGAACUACUGGUCAUAAGUUCGGUUGCUACUAUGGCCGAGGCCGCUCUUGAAUCAGCACCUCAGUUUAUUAUUCAGCUGUACGCCAUGACUGUUCAACAGGAAUCGGUCACGAUCGUUCAAAUGGUUUCCCUGCCUGUGUCUUUUUUCAGCUUGGCUUGGGCGUCUGUUGUUACUGAUGGGUUUCGUCACGGUAACGGAAGCAAUUUCAGUUUAAAAGAUAAAGUUCUACUUUUUGUAACGCACUUAUUUAUUUUAAGCAGUCGACUCUUUGCCGUUGCUUUGUUCACUGUAAGCUACAAGUGGUGGGUUACUGGUGUUUUGAUCUUUCAUUGUACGGUGAUAAUGAUAUGGGAUGUCAUUUGGAUUUGCGGAAGAGAAUUAUUAGUAUUUACGGUCUUCUAUUUCGCCUGUUUUAAUUUCUGCCUCCAUUGGCUACGAGAUGAUUGGUCAGUAUUAUAUUUUUUAGACGAAACGAUCCGCAGAGAGAAAGAGCUAAGAAGAAAGCUGAUGCUCUCUAACGUUAUGUUUGUGAUAGAAAACAUCACCAUGAUCCUGUUGUUUUAUUUCAGUCAUUUCCCUCACACCUGGUACUCCUUACCAGUCACCAUCUGCGUCUGUGUGUUUACUGUUCUUGGAUCGGCAAUGAGGCUCUCUCAUUCCUAUUUCUUAAAGAAAGAAUCGGAGAACGAUGUUUAA